CUUCCAACAGCACUUACGCAUCCAACGUCGAGUCCCUCCUCUCCGAUCUCACUUCAUACGCCUCCCGCGGCUACGGAUUCUACAACUCCACUGCGGGAGGCGGAAACGCAACCGCAUACGGCCUCUUCAUGUGCCGCGCCGACGUCUCAGCCAAGGUCUGCGCCAGGUGCGUGAAGAACGGCGGCGUAGACAUACAGCAGCCGUGCGCGGUUUAUAAGACAGUCGUCAUCUGGUACGAUGAGUGCGUGUUGCGCUACUCGGGCCAGUCUAUGUUUGGAAUGCUUGACCAGACCUAUCCGGUCGUUUUGUACUCGCAAUACGAUCCUAGACCGGAUCAGUUCAUGCGGUGGGUGGAUAUGGCUCUUGGUAAGACACUGAACCACAUCACCGGAGACGAGGGCUCCGGCAAGAAUUAUGCGUUCGGAGAAGAGAAAUUUAACGGAAAUGAGACGAUAUAUACCGCCGGUCAGUGCACGCCGGAUCUUUCGGAGUCGGAUUGCGAAGAGUGCCUGACCAGUGCGGCUCAAAAUCUGGUCGCGGAGGCUGCGAAUACCGUUCUUUACCAAAGCUGUAAUGUCAGGUACGAGGUUUACCCUUUCUACAACGUCACCGCCGCGUUUCUGCCGCCUCUUCCUCCGCCGGCUCUUCCUCCUCGGGUCCAUCCUCCCUUGCCCAGCACGCCUGCACCUUCUGGCAACAAAGGAAGUCACUCUACAAAAAUAAUCACUAUUGUUGUAGUUACCAUCGUUGGAAUUAUAAUACCCAUCAUUGCAGCCCGUUGUCUUUUGAAAAUCCAAAAUUCCAAAAAGGGAAAUGAUAAAUUACAGCAUACAGAUGUGAUUAGUAUCUUAAGCGAGGAGUUCUCCCAAUACGAUUAUGGUACUAUUCAAGCUAUUACAAAUAAUUUCUCCUCUCAAAGUAUAGUUGGUGAAGGUGGAUAUGGUUUUGUUUACAAGGGAAAACUUCCCGAUGGACAAGAGGUAGCAAUAAAAAGACUUUCAAAAAGCUCAGAACAAGGUGUUCAGGAGUUCAAGAAUGAGGUUGAAGUAGUCGCCAAGCUUCAACACAAAAAUUUAGUAAAACUGUUGGGAUUUUGCUCAGAUGGUGAAGAAAGGAUACUUGUAUAUGAAUUUGUGCCGAAUAAAAGUCUUGACUACUUUUUAUUUGGUUAGUCCUAGCUACACUUCAAAACUCUCAUUUGUCUUCUCAAAUAGCUUCAACAGUCAAUGUGAAAGACUAACUAACAUACUAUAUAUAUGAGCAUAAUUUUUGUAUGUUUAGAUCCCCAGAAUCAACACCUUCUGGAUUGGUCGAGGCGCUAUAAGAUUAUAGGAGGAAUAGCGCGAGGAUUGCUUUACCUUCAUGAAGAUUCUCGACUCAGAAUCAUACAUCGUGACCUAAAAGCAAGCAACAUACUAUUGGACACAAACAUGAAUCCAAA